AUGUCUCCAGACCCCCAUUAUGAGCCAUUGGAUGCACCCGAUGGGUCAGCAUUGACGUGGAUCUUUGAUCACUGCUUGCGUUACGCCGACAACUACGAAAUCUCUCUUCGUGCUGCAUACGAACUCAAUUGCCACCCGUCAAAGAGCACAAUGGCGCCGUCAUUCAUUCCUCGAUCACCCUCCAUCUUCUCCCGCAAUUCCGUUGUGUCCAAAAACUCUCGUAACUCCAAGUCUUCUUUCGAUGCUCCUUCUUACGACACCAAUGCCGAAUUCCGUGCCUGUCUGUCUAAGACUGUCGCCGAAUUGGCUUCUCAACCUUGCUCGCUCCCUCCGAGCUUCAUUAUCUCCUUUGUGCGCCGCUGUUUUUGUCUGGAACUGUCCGAAGUCGACUUUGCCCAGGCUUUAACUGCUCUUGAUUACAUAAGAGACCUCCAAGCUCGCUGGAAAAAGGAGAUUGAUGCUGCCUUUAACCGACUCAACGUUACUUCCCAGGAUAUGAGUGACCCUCAGCACUCGGAAGUGGCUUGUCACUUCCCUAACGUGUUGGUCUGGUACAAAGAAAUUAGCGACAAGGCACGCAUGAUCGAUUUUCUCUACACUCAGGUCUAUGUCGGCCUCCGCCGCUGGGUAAGGUUUAUCCCGAGUUUGAAACAGCGAGUUCCGUAUCUAACAUUUAUCUCUCAGGUUCUUGUCAAUCAGAUGAUGCUCGAGCCAUUCGACAAAGCCAACUGCCUUGCUCUUCUUAACACUUUACUGCCACCUCUUCACCGGGACAGCUCUACCCCAACACAGCAGUUGUCGACAGCCAUCCUUGGAAAUCACCGUGACACCUUCUUCAAAUUCAUUACCACCUUUGAGUCUGAUCGUUCCAUCCUGGAGCCUAUCAUAAAGCAAGGCGCUCGACCCGGUGACGAGAAUGGAUGGCCUGCAUUGUAUGACGUCGUUGACCGAUACUUAAACGCAGCUCUCGAGAUGAUCGACGAGUGUACUUUGAUCAACCACCCUAGUCAGAUUAGCAAGUCCGGCGUGCAGCGCCGCACCGACUCGGGUAUCAGCUUCGGGCCCGAUUUUGGCCCCUGCCCUGCUAGCUCCCACUCUUCGGAUGCCGAAAAGCCUCUUCCCCAGUUUCCAGAACCGAACACAGGCACUAGCAAGCAUGGUUCAUUCCUGGAACGAUUUGCCUCCUUGUCAGGAUGGGGCAAGAAGAAGGACCCUAAGAGGGAGCAGCAGAGAGAGCAGCAGAGAGAGUUUGAGCGCAGCCUGAAGAAGAUGCAGUCCUGCAAAGAUUUCCACAGUCGGGCUAGCAGCGCUAAGAGCACCAAAAGCACCAAGACAUCAGCCAAGUUCAACGCAACUAUAUCUUUUGACUUGACUGACGAUAAGCGCCGGCGUUUGAUUGAUGAAGCCAAAGCUCGCAAGGCAGUCGACGCGGCUGAGGCGGCCCAAAGCAUUGGCCAGGCCAUUUAA